AUGAAGGACCUUGCACGCCCACGGUUGAGGCAUUUGGCAUAUCUGGCGGAGGUACACUUCCCAAGAUGGGGUGGUCUUGCGCCAGUGCUCGAGGAUCUCAAGCGAAACUGGCCAGGGAAAUCACCGCGUGCAUGA